AUGCAAGCCAAACUCACACUAGGCAAUGUAUACACCAAUGAGGAGCAACCUCACGCGACUUUAAGAGCCAUGCUAUCUCUCCUUGGAAACGUCCCUCAGUCUCGAAGAGUCCUCCGUUGUGUUUUGAGGUAUUCCAUCGCCAUGGUCCCCCCAGUGCAGCAAAGUCCUUCCGAUGAGUCCAACCCAUCCAUACAAGGUGACGGAGAUCAGUCAUCGCAGCCCAUUUCACAGUUUGAUCUUUUGAAUCGCCUUGCCCAGGCACUUUCCUGCUUACGUGCGGGGAUUGGGGUUGAAGUGUGGUCUCUGGAGGUGAUAUGGCCUGGUGUCGGUGAACAACUGCUUUCAUAUGACUCGGAACAUCCCGGCACUCUCAGUCUGGCUGAGUUUGCAGCCAUUUGGGCCAUGGCUCUUGAUAAAAAUAGCCGCAAGUUUGAUUGUCCUGUGUUCGUCGCGGAAGCUCGACAUGGUUGGCCACGCACAUGCAACAACGUGAAGAGUGCAAAUAUGUCGGAGUUGCGACGCCACUUGAGAAAACGUCCAGGCCUCGGUUAUACACGCCAGCUGGCAUUUUUAGAACUCUGUCCUACUUGUAACGACGAUUUUAUCGACAAGGAGGAGUUCGAGUCUCGACAUGGCUACAAUGGAGAGCUUUGCAACAACCGACAGUCCCAACGCAGGGGAGCCAAUGCACAAGUGCAAUGGCAACUACUGUAUCGAAAAGUCGAAGCAGCCAUGGCUUCUCAACAUCUUCAAGUACACGCAUCUCCCUUGUCGAACAACUAUGAAAAUGGUAUUGAAAAUAUUAUCCAAGAGGAAAAUAACCAUGGCUCCCCACUCCCCGGAGCCAAUGCUAGCAUCCCGACUUCAUUGGCGUCAUACAACGAUAUAAUCGAGUUUUCUACCGUUAAAUCUGGCCAACGUAAUGAAAAGGAGACUAUGCCUUAUUCCACGCCUUAUGAGCUCAUUUUAGACUCGGAUUCUGAUGAUCGGCAAUCAGAUACUGAGCCACAGCGCACUGCCUCGUCUGUUACUAGUGGGAUAAACCAAAAUUCCACGUCUGAUACACGGUUAGCGAGUAGAUAUGUACCUUUACAUGUUUACGGCCGCUCUGGCGUCAAAGAAAAAGAUACGUUACAAGAGUUGGGGAAAGUACGCGACACUCCACCUUCAGCUCCCUGGAUGUCUCAGUCUAUCAGGCAUUACCGGACUUCGAACACGGGAAAAGAUAUUGACAAUAUGGAAGAAAACUUUCAAUCUAGUCCAUGGAGCACAAUCACUCGGCUUAGCACCCUCGGCGACGGCUCCGAAGCAACGUGGCCUACCGUCUCAAAUACUGGGCCAUGGCAAAUAGACAGUUUCAGAAAGGAAUACCCUCCAUGGUCCACGCAGAGUAUUAGAUCUGAACGGCCUAAAGAGACUCAACCGGUUGAUUAUCGAUUUCGGAGACGGGCGGGAUUUACAGAUUUCUCGACUAUGGAUCGUGAUCAACGAUGGGGAUCAGUGCCUGCCUCUGGCGACAGAAGCACUUCCAGCCACUUCAGAUACACUGGGCCAGUAGAGUCAUUCGAUCCAGGGGGGAAUGAUAGAGCUAAGGACUCUCCAAGAUCUCCAAGGCACAUGUCUACUGUUCGAAGAAUUAAUCAUCGAGACGGGUGGUCCUCGUAUUCUGCUCCUGCUAUCUUGCAGGCUAUCCGUCAUUGUCCACACUGCGAUGCUACUUUCAGCGACACAUUACAUGGAAAAGGAAAUCUUGCGAGGCAUAUAAGGCACAAGCAUCGGGAUAGACCGCAGAUAUGUUGUUCUUAUUGUGGACAGCUGUUUCAACGAUCCGACGCACGUCUCAAACAUCACCGCAAAAAGCAUCCAGAUUUCCCACCCCCCUGA